CAGUGCCAUAUUUUUUAAAAAAAUAAAAAAUAAAUAAAUAAAGCAAAACUGGCGGGAAACACUUGAGGAAUGGUUAUUCCAGAACAUGAACAAUUCAAAACCUUUCCCAUUCUUAAAUUAAUUAUUGGGUUUAUCUUAAUGGUAGAACAUAAAUCUUUUGUUUUCUCUUUGGUAUUUCACACUCGUACUUUCAAACACUCCCAACACUAUUGGUUCAUAACAUUUUAGUUAGUUCUUGAUGUUUUGGGCUGGUUCUUGUUGAUCCAUUUGUACAAUGUCACGGUGUUUGCCCUUCCCUCCACAAGGGUAUGCCUGGAAUGGUGUCUGCGGCGAGGAUCUUCUACAACGAAUUAAGGAAGGAGCUGCACCGAAGACCUUAGGCAACCUAUGUUUGUCUGCCCAUAUGACUCUUGUGGCGACCGCCAAAGUAUUGGAAGGAAUGAUCAAAGCUAGCAUGACUAUGGCUGCCAUAACCAUAAUCAUGGAGGGAUGCACUUCAUGGGUUGAUCUACCUAUGUUUCCAGCAUCCAUACACUUGAAUGGCAGUAUGCAGAAGAUAGAAUUACAAUUUGGAGAGUACUGGAUUCCAGGUCCCCUGCAUUUUCCAGACUGUAAGUUUGAUAAUCAAGACUGGCUCCGUAGAACAAAGCAGCUUAAUGACAUGAUGGAGACAUCUAAUGCAUGGCGUUAUGAUUUAUGCCAUGGAAACUCAACCCUUUACCCACAUGCCAUGUAUUUCCUCCAUGCUGUUACUUAUGCUUAUCCAUUUGGAAUACAAUACUAAAACUGUUAGUAGGAACACACCAACAUUAUAGGGAUGAAGAUCAGUUCAGUUGCUGGGUUUGGGAAUGCGCUUGCUGCUAUCCUUAUCUAUAACCAGAAUGAGAAAUGGCAUAGAGUAUACAUCCCAUGAAUAUGAUUUACUCUAGGAUCUGAUAAUCUG